UCUCCAUCCUUUUUCAACUGUUCGAUCUAUAUAUACACUCCCCACCUCUCACCAUAAUUGAAUUAAGCUUCAAAUACAAUCCCAUCUCUCUUUCCUCUCAAGCCCUCCUCUUAUACAUAAUGGUCUUAGAUGUUCCACACUAGCCAUCACCCAUAGGAUUACACGAGCCUCGUCCUCUCCUCUUGUAUAGGUUGGCAAAAGUUUCUUGAUCACGUGAAACAUAACUAUUUCUGUUUGAUCCCAUGUUAUUUCAGUGAAUCAUACAUUUAUAAGAUAUAUCCAAUCGUUCUUUAGGACGUUUGCAAGUUGUUCUUAAUUUUUCUGCUAAUUUAGACAGGUGCAAUUAGAGUGCAGGAAAUUAAUUCGAACCAGGACAACCAUGAGCAGUGGAAACGGAACAAAAUUCGAUCUCAAGUUGAGUUUAUCUCCCCCAAGGCCAAAUAUUCGAGUCGACUCCCCGCCUGGAUCAAAAACAAUGUCACCGCGCUCAUGUGUCUCAUCAGAAGAGUACUGUAAGAGCCCCAAGGCCACAUCCAUGGUUCUGGUGGGUUGCCCUCAAUGCCUCAUGUACAUCAUGCUAUCAGAAGAGGACCCAAGAUGCCCCAAAUGCAAGACCACUGUUUUGCUUCAUGUCAUCCAUGAACAAAACACUGCCACCAAGAAUACAAGCUACUCUUCAAAAUCUUCCCUUGAGUUUCCCAAAUGAAAGUCUGUUGCCUGCAUG